CUUCUCUCUCCAGACCCAGGGGAGCUGAGCAGCGGGGAGGCGGAGGAGCUGCAGCAGAUCAAAUGGCACCGGAAGCAGCUUCUGGAGGACAUCCAGAAGCUGAAGGAUGAGAUCGCAGAUGUGUUUGCCCAAAUCGACUGCUUCGAGACAGCAGAGGAGAGCCGCAUGGCCCAGAGGGAGAAAGAGCUGUGCAUCGGGCGCAAGAAAUUCAACAUGGACCCCAUGAAGGGCAUCCAGUAUCUCAUUGAGCACAAGCUGCUAACCCCCGACGUCCAGGACAUCGCCCAGUUCUUGUACAAGGGCGAGGGACUCAACAAGACAGCCAUCGGCACCUACUUGGGAGAGAGAGACCCCAUCAACCUGCAGGUCCUCCAGGCCUUUGUAGAUUGCCAUGAGUUUGCUAACCUCAACCUCGUCCAGGCCCUCAGACAAUUCCUGUGGAGCUUCCGGCUGCCAGGUGAGGCCCAGAAGAUCGACCGCAUGAUGGAGACCUUCGCCUCCCGAUACUGCCUCUGCAACCCCGGCGUCUUCCAGUCCACAGACACCUGCUACGUCCUGUCCUUCUCCAUCAUCAUGCUCAACACCAGCCUCCACAACCCCAACGUCCGGGACAGGCCACCCUUCGAGCGCUUUGUGUCCAUGAACCGUGGCAUCAACGACGGCAGUGACCUGCCUGAGGAGCAGCUGCGGAACCUCUUCGACAGCAUCAAGAGCGAGCCCUUCUCCAUCCCCGAGGACGAUGGCAAUGACCUCACCCACACCUUCUUCAAACCCGACCGCGAGGGCUGGCUGCUCAAACUGGGCGGCCGCGUGAAGACCUGGAAGCGACGCUGGUUCAUCCUGACGGACAGCUGCCUCUACUACUUCGAGUUCACCACUGACAAGGAGCCCCGGGGAAUCAUACCCCUUGAGAAUCUCUCAGUGCAGAAGGUGGACGACCCCAAGAAGCCAUUCUGCCUGGAGCUCUGCAACCCCAGCUGCCGGGGCCAGAAGAUCAAGGCCUGCAAGACCGAUGGCGACGGAAAAGUGGUGGAGGGCAAGCAUGAGUCCUACCGGAUCUCAGCCUCCAGCGCCGAGGAGCGGGACCAAUGGAUCGAAGCUAUUCGAGCCAGCAUCACUCGUGUCCCCUUCUAUGACCUGGUCUCUGCUCGGAAGAAGAAGAUCGCCAGCAAGCAGUGAGCUUCCUUGGAGGUGGUGCCUGGUGUCCUGCGAAGCCCAUGACCUGUGGUACCUGGAGAUCCACUCCCACCCCAGGGCCUGCAGACAUCCUCCCUCAACCCCCUUCACUUUGACCUGACAGCGGAGGGCAAGGGUGGGGGAGGCA